AUGGCGGUAGGCACCUCCAACCAAUAUUCAAAAAGCACAACCACAACGACAAAGACAAACGUCGAAUAUUAUAACAGUGGCUAUGAUUUUCAUACAAUGACUUUAAAACAAGCAAAAGAAUUAUGGAAUAAUCCACGGUCGAGGCAAGUCAUUACACUUUCCUCGGGAAAAGUCGGCGUUUGCGAGGUUGGCGAUCCGAAAGGUUUUCCUGUGGUUUGGUUCACGGGUAAUAUGGGUCCCGCUUUCACCAUUCUUUUAUAUGAAAAUUUUGCUAGGCGCUACCACAUCCGAAUGCUUUGUGUUGACCGACCUGGAUACAAUGACACCGAAGAUUGUUACUCGAAACAAGGUGUUCCGAAUGUUUUCGAAUUUGUCGAUAUGGUCAAUGAGCUCACAGUAUUUCUUGGCAUAUACAAAUUUGGAUUAGUCACAUUUUCCUUGGGUGCCGUUUUUGGUCUAGCGUUCUCACUUCGUUAUCCUGAACGACUCAAAGGACCCCUUCAUUUGAUAAGUCCUUGGGUCUCAACAUCUACUCCGGGAGCAUCGACAACAAUGAAUGAUGAAGAAAACAUUACGAUAAGUGAAGGUUUUUCCGUGUCACCUGGAAGAAGUUAUCUAUACAAUCAAGUAUACCAGAAUGGAAUCUGGAAUCUCCAGAGUGGCAAAUCUGGACCGCAUAAUGAUUGGAUGGUUGCAUUAGAGAGAGUUAAUUGGGGCUAUAAAUAUGAAGACACAAAUUAUCCUACACGUGUAUUUAUUGGCGAUAUGGAUGAGGAAGUCCCGUUGGUCGCGUGGAAACAUAUGAGUGAGCGAAUGAAAAAUGUUAAGUUUAACGUUAUCGAAGGCGCGAAACAUUAUUUACUUUAUCGGAUGGAUUUCAUGGAUGAUUUAUUCAAGAUGCUUCAAAAAGAGUUGCUAUGA